CAAACGCUCUCUUCGCCCUGCACGGAGCUCGCGGCUGGCUCGCCGGGCCUGCCCAGGUCUGCGGCGGGGAACCUGCCUGCCCUGCCGGGCCACGUCGGCGGGCCCGGCUCGCACCUUCGGUCUUCUGAGCGCCCUCCCCGAAGCCAGCCCCCAGCAGAGCCUGUGCUCUUCAUGGAAAGCCCUGUGCAGUGGCCCCCUGGUGAUGGCAGCCGACAGUGACGUGAAGACCCUGCUGAGCUUUGUGAACCUGGCUUCCAGCGACAUCAAGGCGGCCCUGGACAAGUCGGCGCCCUGCCGCCGCUCUGUGGACCACCGCAAGUACCUGCAGAAGCAGCUGAAACGCUUCUCCCAGAGGUGCCCCCGGCUGCCGAGGGGCCUGCCAGGCAGGGUGGCGGAGCCCCAUCUGCAGAGGGGUCCUGAGGACCGGCCCACAAGGCUGCCUCUUCAUCUGGGCCCUGAUUCCAGCCUCGACCGGGCUGGAGGUUGCAAGGAGCAGGCCCUGGGAGGCCCAUUCAGAGAGGAGUGCCUGUCUAUGGAGCACAGCCUCCGGGGGCCAAGCCCGGAGGCUGCUAGGCCUGGCCAGGUGCCCAUGAGGAAAAGACAGCUGCCUGCUUCCUUCUGGGAAGAGCCCAGGCCCACCCACAGCUACCCCAUGGGGCUGGAGGUGGGCUUCAGCUCCAGGGAAACACCUCCUUACGAAAGUAAAAAAAAUUGCAAGGGUCUGGAGUCCCUGGGACCCGAUACUGCCCCAGUGCCCAUGUCCCCAAGGGCAUUGGCUGACAAGGAGCCACUCAGGAUGCCUGGGGUCUCCCUGGUGGGUUGCCUUGAUGCUUGGAGCUGCUGCCCUUUCCAGUACCACGGACAGCCCAUCUUCCCCUGUCCCCCAGGGGCCCUGCCUCAAGGCCCAAUGCCCAAUCUAGGUCUGUGGAGGACAAGCCCCACUUUGCCAGGGGAGCUGGCCCACUUCUGCAAGGAUGUGGAUAGCUCUGGGCCAAAAGUGUACAGACCAGUGGUUUUGAAGCCCAUCCCCACCAAGCCGGCCAUGCCUCCACCCAUCUUCAAUGUCUUUGGUUACCUCUAGCUGGGCUGGGAAGGUCUUGGCCCCUCCUCCAGCCUGUAGGAUGGGGAGCCCUGAUGAGCUCUCCUUGUGAGGAGAAGACUGGGCUGUGACGUGGUCUCUUGGGCAUUCCCAAUGCUCCUUCCCUUUGUGUGUGUGUGGGGCGGGGGCUUCUCUGGCAGGCACCAUUGUAGCCUGUGAGGCUGGACACAUCUGACCUCUCCACAAGUAGUCUGGAGCCCAGCAGUUUAACCCCCCCUAACCCCGACCCUAUGGAGCCCACAAACAGCGGGACCCUGGCCCAGCAGCCACCCUACAAACCAGCUUUACACCUGUUUGCUGCCUCCCACUGAGGAAGCUCAUCCCUCUUGUU